UUAUGUCUAUGUGUGGCGCUACCGGUACGGAUCGGGUAGUGACAUUCACAAUUCUCCAGUUUUGUACACUUGUAACCUGCACACUCGAACCCUUAAGUACACUUACACCUGGUGCACACUUCAAAGAGGGAGGAUGUAGUGUAGGGUGUUGCGACAAGGCAAUCGUAUAGUGACAGGACCAAGUGAUCAUACGAAAAGUUGGACUAGAAAUGAAGUAGCGUUGCUGCUUUUAAGGCAGCUGCAAGAUACAAUUGGGUGCAACCUGCAACUGCUCGCAUGCUUGUGUUCUGAUACAAGGAGAAAUAACACUUCAGUUCCCGUAAAGGAGGGACCAGUCCCGGAAAGGGUCUUAGUGCUGUGGCCACAGACUUGCUGGAACCUCACUUUACCUGCUGGGAUCGUUAGUUUCCAAAUGGCACAGCAGACAUCAGCAUGGAGGCGAUACAUGCAAGCGUUCAUUAGUGGAUUCUUUGUUGCUGUUCCUGUCACAGUUACUCUACUAGAUAAAUUGGCUUAUGUGGCUCGAGUUGAAGGAGCUUCAAUGCAGCCGUUCCUUAACCCAGACGUGGGAGCCCAGUGUGAUGUUGUCCUGCUGAAUCGUUGGAGUGUGAAAAACUACCAUGUUCAAAGAGGGGACAUCGUCUCUGUUGUGUCUCCUAGAAAUCCCAAGCAAAAGAUCAUCAAGCGUGUUAUUGGCCUAGAGGGAGACUUCAUCAGGACUCUGGGCUACAAGAACCAAUAUGUUCGGGUCCCUGACGGUCAUUUUUGGAUUGAAGGGGAUCAUCAUGGACACAGUCUGGACAGCAACAGCUUUGGACCAGUAUCAGUGGGGCUCUUGCAUGGCAGGGCCUCACACAUCAUCUGGCCACCAAAUCGUUGGCAACAUAUCAAACCAUCUCUACUGCCAAAUAGAGAACUGCUGUAUACUGAAGAGGACGGUGAAUGAAAAAACAUGGUUUUUAUAUAAACAUUGUACAAGCAUCUGUUUUUUUCAAUAUGUAAUCUUUUAAUUAAAUUAUUCGAAUACUUUCACAUAAAUGUUAA